AUCACCUUAAAUGCCAGCUCCAGGAAUUCGGGACCCCCUCAAAACCCACCUUGGACCCCCCCCAGCCCUGGGGCUGCCGCGGGGGCCCCCAACGGCCCUCAGCCAAUCCCAAAGCGCCCACGCCGCCCGCGCCCAAUCCCAGCGCACCGCGCUGAUGACUCAUCAGUCGCCGGGAAGACCAGGCUCCAACACGGCCCCAAACCGCCGCCGGCCUUUGCCCUCAGCCAAUCCGAGCGCGCCCAAAAAGCCCCAAAACGGCGCCGCCCGGCUGGUUUUGGGCUGUCAGCAGCUGUCCGGCGCUGGGCAUGGAGCGUGUGCGGGGAGCUGGGGCCGUGCUGGCGGUGCUGGUGGUGCUGGGAGCCCCCCCGGCUGCGGGCGAGGAGCUGUCGGGGGUGUUCCACGACAUGUUUAAAUACGAGUGUCACUUCAUCAACGGCACCGAGCGCGUGAGGACCAUACUGAGGCGCAUCUACAACCGGGAGCAGUACGUGCACUUCGACAGCGAUGUGGGGGUGUUUGUGGGGGACACCCCACAUGGGGAGAAGGUUGCCAGGGAAUGGAACAGCGACCAGGACAUUCUGGAGUACGUCCGGUCUCUGGCAGAUGGGUGCUGCCGGCACAACUACAAGUGUUACGGCCCGUUCAGCGUGGAGAGGAGAGUGCCCCCCAGUGUGUCCAUCUCGCUGGUGCCGUCGAGCUCCCAGCCCGGCCCCGGCCGCCUGCUCUGCUCCGUGAUGGAUUUCUACCCUGCACCAGUGCAGGUGAGGUGGUUCCAGGAUGGGCAGGAGCUGCCAGAGCACGUGGUGGCCACCGAUGUGGUCCCCAAUGGGGACUGGACCUACCAGGUGCUGGUGCUGCUGGAAAUCCCCCCCCGGCGCGGGGUCACCUACAGCUGCCAGGUGGAGCACGUCAGCCUGGAGCACCCCCUCAGCCGGCACUGGGAGAUGCCACCGGACACCGUCCGCAGCAAGAUCCUGGUGGGGGUCGGGGGCUUCGUCUUGGGCUUGGUCUUCCUGGCGCUGGGGCUCGGCUUCUACCUGCGGGAGAAGAGCUCCUGA